AUGGAAACCGUACAAUCACAAUCGGAAGAGGAAAGCGUAAUACAAUUUCAAAAUCCGUUGGGCGAAGUCCUUGAUAUUCCUGAUGAUGUUUUUAUCAACGAUGAGGGGGUAUCACCUCCUCGAACAAAACGAAGAGGGGACAUCCUGGAUUUUGGACAGGAAAUACGUAAACGCGUUUUGAGUUCCCGCAAAAAGACCUUUGAGGCUGAGGCUGUCACGUUCAAGUUGGAUAAAGCUCUCGUACAGACCACAAAUAAUUAUAAUACGGCUGAUUUGUUGAGGAAUAUCAAUAGUACAUUAAUUCGUAUGGAAAUGGAGUUCAGAAACACGAAUCGCAAGAUUGAGAGCAUGGACCGCAAGAUUGACGAUUUGAAGAGUGACGUUGCGGAAAUUAAACCACUAAUGUUCUAUGUUCGGACGUCAGAAAAUGCUCGCAGGAGACAAGCAAGAGUGCCUCCAAUUCCUGUUCCCUUUUUAUUUGGUGCAGGGCCAGGUGGUGACUUGCCUAUAAUUAACUCAGUCGAAACUAUCGAAACUCUCAAUUUGGAACAGCUUAGAAGAUUUUUAACCGGAUAUGGAGUUCAACAUAGCUCCCGUUCCAGUUCGAGAAUACUGAAACACAAGUUGCGGGAGGCAUUAGGCUUUUAUGAGGCGCAAGAUCUCAGUUUAGAGUUCUCGUAA